AUGCAAAAUCCGAAUCCUGGCGCGGAAGGAAUCACGGAUUGGGAGAUGAUGAAUUCCGACUUGCUCAAUUCCGAAACCAGUAUUGAAUUGCAACCAGAAUCUAAUGAUGGCUGCCUUAUCGAGAGAGACCGCCAAAAUCCUGGAGACGACAAUAAGGAACAGAAAGCAUCGGAAGGUACAAACAAAGAUUCAACACCGGAAAAAGAGGUGAAAAAUGAAUCUUGUGUGAAACAGAACAUUGCCGAGGAGAUCAAACCACAGCAAUACACUUCUUUUUCCAGUCUUCAGAAAUUUAUUAUCUUCGCCGUCAUUGUCUACAUUGGGUUUUUGGGCCCAUUGUCAGGUAACAUUUACAUCCCAGCGCUGCCAAUAUUACAAACUAUUUUCAAUCUCUCUGCCACCGCGAUCAAUGCUACUGUCUCUGUGUUUAUGGCAGUUUUCGCGGUGGGUCCUUUAUUCUGGGCUAGUUUUGCUGAUUUCGGAGGUCGUAAGAUUUUGUACAUGAUAUCGUUAGCACUGACGGUCAUCAUCAAUGUUUUGCUCGCGGCUGUACCAGUCAAUACUGGGGCUUUAUUUUUCUUACGUAUCAUGCAAGCGUUUUCUUCGAGUUCAGUGAUGGCACUUGGAGCUGGAACAGUAAGCGAUAUUUGUGCACCGAAAGAAAGAGGAAAAGGCAUCGCAUACUUCAUGCUAGGCCCUAAUAUGGGUCCAAUUGUUGCCCCAAUAAUUGCUGGACUGAUACUAAUGCAUGGGUCGUAUUGGAGAUGGUUAUUUGGCUUCACAAGUAUUAUGUCCGGGGUAGGGUUGUUAAUGGUUAUAGUUUUCCUUCCAGAGACGCUUCGUUGUAUCGUUGGAAAUGGUGACACCCGUUGGAUUGACCCCAAGGUGAGAAACGAAAAACCUGGAGUGAGAGGCCUAAUGGGUGCGAAAAUAUUAUUGUGCAGUGACAUUGGAAUUUUGAAGCCUGUGUCAGAAUCUCCAGAAUUCCAGCAAUUGUAUCCAAGACCGCCCAAGCCGAGUUUAUCAGUGUAUUGGAAUUUAAUCACAUUUCCCCCAGUACUCAUAUGCUCGUUGACCACUGCCAUUCUAUUCGCAGCGUACUAUGCUUUUAGCGUGACGUUUUCGCAUUUUCUUCGGGAAAAGUACUCUUUGUCCAACCUUCAAAUUGGAGCCUGCUACGUGUGUCCCGGCAUAGCUCUCCUUCUUGGAUCUGUUUCAGGAGGACACCUUUCCGAUUAUUUUAGACUACUUUGGAUAAAGCGUCAUCCAAAUCAGACAUUUCCCGGCGAAAAACGACUGGUUUUGCAACUGUGGGGACUGUUGCUAAAUAUUUGCGGAUGCGUUGGAUACGGAUGGAGCAUUCAAUUUCAUCAUCAUCUGGCCGUCGUUUUGGUGUUCUCGUUUUUCACUGCAUUUGGAAUGACCUGGUGUUCCAACACCAGCAUGACGUAUUUGACCGAGUGCAUUCCCAAAAGAGCGGCAGGGACCGUUGCCGUGGGUAGUUUCUUUCGAAAUCUGGCCGCUGGUGUAAGUUCUGUCAUUAUUAUGAAAUUGUGCGAUGAGAUGGGUGUGGGAUGGUGUUUUACCGGACUUGCAUUUUGUGACGUUGCUUCCAUGGCAGGAAUUGUAUAUCUCAUCACCAGCGGUUUUAAUUGGCAGCAAAAUCAAUGA